CACUUCCUGGAGAAAUUUAGAAAAAAAAAUAAAAAAUAUCAAAAUGAAGCCCUAAAGAAAGGAAGAUUGUUCAGUUCUUCCCUGUACGACUUCCUAAAAUAAAAAAAAAAGACAACAUCUAAUCUAAUUUAAAAAAAAAAACUUUAAACAAAAAGAACAGAAGUCGUAUUUGGAAGAAGGAACAAAAUGGAUAAAGCCACCACGAGUUCGCAAGGCACAUCUAGAUCUAAGUCCAAGUCUAGUGACUUCUUCAGCCCUAGAGAGACAUCUACCGGAGGAAAGAAAGCCAAAGGAAAGAAAGAAGAGGACAAUGUGAACACAGCCUAUUACUCAGAAGAGGAAGAUUGCAAUCCUACUACUGCCAAGCUCAAAGAGACCCACCACAAGAUGAAAUACAAAGAGGAUAAUGUUGAUGGGGACCCAGAUACUCCCAUCCCACGACUUGAGAGGUACAGGCGUGAAUUGGCCAGAACUCGCAGGAGCAAGCGGAAGAUCCCCUUCAUCUACUUGAACACGUACGACACAGUCGUCUCCUUUCUCGUCAUCUGCGCCAUCAUUUGGUUCAUUCGACAAGUGCAUCACUAACUCCACGCUGAUUGGUGCCUCCGACCUUCACACUUCAAUGCAGAAUCUGACCAGACUUUAGAUGCCUUGCCAACUCUGAACAGAUUAACUCAAGUGAUUCAUCGUUGUUUUUUUUAAAGCACUAAACUCAGGGAAGAAAACAAUGUAGAUAAAGUCAAGAGAGAAACUGCUCCAGUAGAACAUCAAGUGACGAAAUGUUAUAAAUUAGUCAAUGAUAUACCCGGAUCUUUGGACACGAACUUCGUGUCAGGUCCUAAAGUAUUUAAACAAAAAGUAUAACCCAAUAAAAUAUUGAAACAAACAA